AUGAACAUGCACGCGACGCUGCGGAUCAUCGACCUCGACUCGGGCAACGCGCAGUACGUCUCAUGGGACCCGACGGUCCCGGACGACGCCUUUGAGGGCGUCUUCGAGAGCCUCCUGCGCGAGACCUUUGGCAUCACCGAGGACGCGUGGGUCGACCUCAUCGACCUCAACAACUCGAGCCUCGUGCCGAUGCACAAGGACGCCUUGCUGGCCUCGCAGGCCAAGUCGGGCACGCCGCUCGUGCUCACGCUCUCGUCGAAGACAGAGGCGCUGAGCCCGCUCAAGAAGGACGACAUCAUCGAGGUCGUCUUUACCGAGCGCUCGCUCGGCAUUACAAUCCGCGACUACCACCGCGACAACGUCAUCGUGAACGCCUUCCGGUCGAACGCCGAUGGCACCAUGGGCUACGCCGAGGCCACGCGCCUCAUUGCGCUCGGCGACGUUGUGUACAAGAUGCUGCAGAGCCCCGUGCGCCCAUUGAGCGUACAUUUCUUUCGACCGCGCAUGCGCGAAGGCCUCUACGCCGUCGAAUUCACAGGCGCGUCGCUCAACAUGACCAUCACGACCGACGAUACACGCGUGCUCGUCUCGCGGCUGCCGCAGCCGCACGCGAAUGUCAUGGGGUACGCCGAAGCCCACGGCGUGCGCCUCGGCGACUCGAUCCAUGCGAUUGACGGCCACGUCCUCGACGGCCCGGAGUACGGUCGCGCCGUGAGCUUGCUCAAGCGGCCGCAGCGCCCGAUGAUUGUGGUGUUUUGGCGCGCGUCCGUGACGCCGCAGUACCUGCCGCAGGUGGACACGCCCAAGAGCGUCUCGGGGCGGUCGGCGACCGGGUCGCUUGCGUCGCCGUCGCCGCGCAUGUCGUCCAAGAACAUGAACGUCGUGACGCCCAACCGUGCGAAGGCCAUGACGUUCUCGACCAAUGGUCCGUCGCCGCGUCCGUCGCCACGUCCGUCGCCGCGUAUGUCGACCAAGCAAAGCAACUAUGACAUUUACAACAACACGUCGACGAUCCAGGGCGGCAGUCUCUUUGGCGACAACAUGUCGGUCGACGACAUGAUUGAUUACUGCGAGACGAUCGCGUCCAUUGGCGUUGUCUCGGCGCACGAAACCGAGAUCCUCAAGGACAUGCUCAACGGCGGGCGCGGCGACCUCGCGUCGGCCAUCCGGCACCGCAACAAGAAUGCGAUUGUGGCGCUUGUCCGGUCGCCUACCAUGCGUCUCUGGGACCAUUUGCUCAAGACGCGCGAGUCGAUCAUUCUCGCAGGCCCCGUGACGUUCAAGAAGACAAAGCGGUACCAUCUCUUGCUGACGGACCACGAGCGCGUCCUCUUUGUGAACAAGGCGACCAACGCCCUCGAAGACGAGAUCCUCUGCUCGCACAUUGUGACGGUGAGCUCCCGCUCCAAGGUCCACGAGCUCGUCAUUACGACGACGAAAGCCGAGUACACGCUCAACGACAGCUUUAUCGGACCGUCCGUGUGGGUGCGCGCGAUCUUGCCCUUUACCAACACGCAGGGCUACCUUAAGGUCGACUCGAACUCGCUCCUUGGCUCCAAGAAGCGCUACUUUGUGCUCAAGGGCGAGAAGCUCUCGGGCUACAAGAAAGACUCGGUCGUCAACGCGCAGGAAGCCAAGCCGUCGACCGUCCUCUUGCGCGACGCGGUCGUGCGGGUCAUUGACGCCAAAGCCUUCAAGUUUGAGAUUUCGACGCCCGAGCUCGCCAAGUCGGGCAAGAAGCUGACGCUGAUUGCGGCCAACGCACGCGAGUACAACAAGUGGAUCUCGUCGCUGCAGGCGUUCCAGAUGCAGCGCAACACAACUGUCGGCGGCCUCGUGUCGCCGUCGGCGGCCUAA